AUGGAGAAAAUGAGAGGUCCAUUUUCACGCUUAUGGUGUUCAGUAAAGGAUCCUUCUUGCCCUCUUUCCAAGAACGCUCUGUCCUUCUUAAGAUCUCCCAUCAUCGAGGCACAUGCCCAAGUUCAUGAUGAGUCAUUCCCGCUGUUGAAGGUUAAGGCACAUGAAGCUUUCAUUCUGGGCCAUAAAAUAUUUUUGUGGUGGUUAUUUAAAUUUCAGUUGGGAGUCUCAAGUGCUGAUAAGUUGGGUCAAGCCCUAGGAAACACUGAUAAACAUUAUGAUGAUAUUGACCGCAUUAAAAGGCUUCGAAGAACAAGGCAACAAGAAGAACUUGAAGGAGAUGAAGCAGCUAAUAUGAUAUACACAGAUUCUUCCACUUUCCUGAAGGGUACUCAGUCAGCAAAUCCUCAUAAUGAUUACUGCCAGCAUUUUGUAGACACAGGUCAGCGACCUCAGAAUUUUAUUAGAGAUGUUGGUCUCGCUGACAGAUUUGAGGAAUAUCCUAAGCUUCGUGAACUUAUUAAGCUUAAGGAUGAUUUGAUAGCUUCAACAGCACACCGCCAAUGUAUUUGCAAACAGACUUACAUGCUUAUGAUCUUCGAGAUCUCCCCUACUAAGUUUGAUGUUAUACUUGUGGAACCUCCAUUAGAGGAGUAUCAACAUGCUGGAGUAAGCAAUGUACAAUUUUGGGACUGGCAGAAGAUAAUGGACUUGGACAUAGCUCAGGUGGCUGCACCAAGGAGCUUCAUCUUUCUUUGGUGUGGUUCAUCGGAAGGUUUGGACCUUGGACGACAAUGUCUUCGGAAAUGGGGAUUUCGGCGAUGUGAAGAUAUAUGUUGGAUUCGCACCAAUAUCAACAACCCAGGACAUCUGAAAAAUUUAGAGCAGAAAGCUGUAUUCCAGAGAACAAAGGAACAUUGUUUAAUGGGGAUAAAGGGCACUGUAAGAAGAUCAACUGAUGGAGACUUUAUCCAUGCAAAUGUGGACAUUGACCUUAUUAUUUCAGAAGAGGCAGAGUAUGGAUCGUUGGAAAAACCAGUUGAAAUCUUUCACAUCAUAGAGCAUUUUUGCUUGGGGCGUCGAAGGUUACACUUGUUUGGACGUGACAGUACAAUUCGACCGGGUUGGUUAACAAUAGGACCAGGCUUAACAAGCAGUAAUUUUGAUCCUGAUGUAUAUGCAGGAUACUUUGCAAGUGGACAGACUACCACGGGGUGCACAGAGAGAAUUGAAGCUCUACGUCCAAAGUCCCCCCCUCCAAAAGUGAAGGGAGGUCCAGGGGGACGUGGAAGAGGGGGAAUAACUCCACGUGGAAGUUUCACACGUGGCAGGGGAAGAGCUAGAUAGUUUGUAGUCUUCCAUUAUUCUCCUUCCCCCUGUUUUGGAUUUUACUUCGUAAUUUACUAAAUGUAUUUAACACUAAAUUUACAUUAAAUGCCUAAUUAUUCUUGUAAUAUCUUUUAUCUUUUUAAUCAUGUACGGACAUUCUGAAUUUUAUCAAUAAAGAUAUUUUCAUUCAGA